GUAGACGGGUCAAGUCGUACUAAAAAGAGAAUAGCAUGAGAGAGAGAGGUAGAGAGAGAGUAAAGGGCUCAGGCAAUGGACACUAAGCAUGGAAAGGACGGACAGCACUGGACAAAGAGGGGUCACAGCCCAGAGGGAGAAGCAGCAAAUGGAGAUCAGAGGUCUUGGGAAGGCAAGGAAACAGCAAGCACCAGAUGGAUCAUGGGGAAUGGGGUUAUGAUAAAGGGGUUUACAAGCAAGCUACAGCAUUCUUCUUUACAAACUUUCCUGAAGAUUGGAGUUACACAAAAAUGAACAGCUCACUUUGUUGAAAUUGUCCCAACCCUUCAAGAGAAGUUUUAUAUGGAAGGCUAUUUCACGUGCCGGUUACGAGCAAUGGGUGGGAAGUUGGUUUUAUUGGAGUGUGAGGACAAGGAAGAACUUAGAGACUUAGUGCAGGGAGCUCCGGAUUGGUUAGGCCAAUGGUUCCUAGAAGUAAAACCAUGGUCACCACCAAUGGUAGCAAACGAAAGAUUUGUGUGGAUGAGAUGCCAAGGAGCCCCUUUGCAUGCUUGGGGUCCAGAAUUUUUUGAGAAUAUGGCAGUUGCUUGGGGUAAAUUUAUCUGUUUGGAUGAUAGUACCGGCAAGAAAAGAAGGUUCGACAUUGCUCGUUUCCUCAUCUCAACGUCCAUCAUGGAUUCAAUUUCAAUCAAAAGACAAAUUAGAGUCAAUGGUGUGAUAUACAACUUAAAAUUCACUGAAGAGGAACAGACGAACAGCCUUUUCUCAAUCAAAUAUGACUUCAUGCCAAAUUUCAAGAGUGAAUCAGAAAAUGAAGAAUCAUGGUCAGAAGUUAGUGAUUAUGAAGAUGAACACGGAGUAGACCGGCAGAACAUCGCCGGAGAAGAAGUAGAAGCUAGUGACACAUGGGGUCUAUACAGAAAAGACAUGGGGUUGGCUGUCAUCCCGUCCUUCGAGGAAGAGGGUGAAUUUGAAUUAGAAAAAACCAGCAAUGAUGUGAGGCAAUCCAAAAAGGCUGACAAGAGAUCACAAAGCCAGAUUGAGGAAGAAGAUUCAGUAGACGUGGUGGCAGAUAGCAUUAAUGUGGAUGAAUAUUUGAAUGAUGCAGGAGACAGAGAAGACGUUGGGGAAUGCAACUCUGAUUCAAAUACAAAAACUCAAGCCACAACGGAUCCUAUUGAGGAUUUGGAAGCCAUUGGGCCGGAAUUAAGGACCAAGCCCAUUAGGGAGGAGGUGGGCCAAAUGCACCCCACAACAAAAGAAAUGGAUACUACAAAUUCAGCCAAUGGAGAAAGGAGCAGCAACAUGCAAUCGGGAAAUAAAAUGAGGCCUGUUAGUGCAGGGAAGAAGAUUCCGGAGUUUGUUCCAUGCGCCAGCAAUCCAAUAGCAGGAGGCUCAGUGGGGGACAGCGGUAUUGAGAAUUGCAACAGAAUUUUGAAGAAGCAACCAAGCAAAAAUAUUGCAGUAGAUCUAUGGAAUUUUGCCAAAAAAAUAGGGGUAGCAGCUGAGAAUGAGGAGAAUGUUAUUAAAAGGCUCGAGGAGAUGGAGUCGAGAGACAGGAAAGCUAAAGAAGAGGAGAACUCAAGGAAAACGGCCAAGGGACAGAAGGAAGGGGGGGGGAAUAUAUGUCUGGUGGGAGAUUUCAAUACAGUUUGGAGAAUGGAGGAAAAGGCUGGAAGAAGUGGUUUGACGGUGGAGAUGAGAGAAUUUGAUAAUUUUAUUUGUGAAUCAGAGCUGUUUGACAUUCCUCAUGUGGGCAGAAAGUACACUUGGUAUCAGGCUAAUGGUAAAUCCAUGAGCAGACUAGACAGAUUUUUGCUUUCUAAAGGGUGGCUAUCAAAGUGGGAUGAGGCUAGACAGUGGGGAUUAUGCAGAACAGUAUCAGAUCAUUGUCCAAUUCUGCUUAGACAUAAUAAAGUUGACUGGGGGCCUAAGGCAUUUAGAUUUUUUGACUCUUGGCUGGAAUUAGAAGGGUGCAGAGAACUGAUAAAAGAUGUGUGGAACAAGGCUAACAUUCAAGGGUGGGCUGGAUUCCGCCUUAAGGAGAGACUGAAAUUAACUAAGGAGGCACUAAGGAAGUGGAACCAAAACCUAGUCUCGAAUAUUGACAACAAAAUAAACAAAGCAGUAGCCAAGAUUACUCAAGUAGAUUUAAAGGGAGAGAGGGAACAACUGAUGGAGGAGGAGAUCAAAGCGAGAAGGGAGGCCUUUCUAGAUUUGUGGAAGAAUCUAAAGCACAAAGAAAGCAUGCUGCAACAUAAAUCAAGGAAAACUUGGCUGCUAAAUGGAGAUGCGAACACAAAGUUUUUCCAUAAUUGUGUGAAAGGAAGAUGGAAGAGAAAUGAAAUGAACAGCAUUUAUGUGCAAGGAACCCAGAUUGUAGAAGUGAGCAAAAUGAAAGAGGAGAUUUCAUCUUACUUUGAAAGUAUGUUUAAAGAAGAGCAGGGGGAGAGACCGAAAUUAGAUGGGAUAUGCUUCAAACAAAUAACUGGGGAAGACGAUAGCUCAAUCAUCAAACCAUUCAAUGUAGAAGAGAUAAAGGCAGCAGUAGAAGAUUGUGAUAGCUCGAAAGCACCAGGCCCCGAUGGAUUCAAUUUCAGAUUUGUCAAGAGUGAAUGGGAGGUAAUUAAAGAGGAUGUCAUAGGAUUCCUACAAGAUUUUCACAAGAAUAGCAAAUUGGUGAGUGGACUAAAUACCUCUUUCAUAGUCCUCAUCCCAAAAGUGGAUAAUCCACAGAAGAUUGAGGAAUUCAGACCCAUUUCUCUCAUUGGUGUGAUGUACAAAAUUCUUACAAAGAUUUUAGCCAACCGGUUAAAGAAGGUACUUGAUGGGGUAAUUGGUGAGCAACAAAUGGCGUUCAUCAGUGGUAGAAAAUUAAUGGACGGGGUUGUCAUAGCAAAUGAGGUGGUCGAUGAGGCAAAAAAAAGGAAGAAAGAAACUUUCAUGUUUAAAAUUGACUUUGAGAAAGCUUACGACAAAGUAAAUUGGAGUUUUCUGGAUUAUAUGAUACUAAGGAUGGGGUUUUGUGCUACUUGGAGAAAAUGGAUCAUAGUGUGCCUGGAAACAAGCCUGGUCUCAGUCUUGGUUAACAGAAGUCCGACAAGACAAUUCACAGUUUCCCGAGGACUUAGACAAGGGGAUCCUCUAUCCCCUUUUCUAUUUUUAAUAGUUGUUGAGGGGCUAAAUGGUUUAAUCUCCACAGCUUCACAAAAGGGCCUACUUGAAGGAGUGCAGGUGGAGUCUCGUGGAUUCAAAGUAUCACACCUUCAAUAUGCCGAUGAUACAAUUCUGUUCAGAAUAGCUUCUGAGGAAAAUGUCUGGGCAAUGAAAGGAAUACUAAGAUCAUUUGAAUUGGUUUCGGACCUGAAAAUUAAUUUCAAUAAAAGCCAGCUUGUGGGGAUAGGGGUGGAAGAAGAUUGGCUGGAAAAAUUGUCCUGGGUGUUAUGCUGCAAAAGAGGAUCAUUUCCAUUUAAGUACCUUGGGAUUCCCAUUGGGGGGAGCUGCAGAAAGCUUGCUUUUUGGAAACCAUUGCUGGACCUCUUCUCACGAAAAUUAUCCAUUUGGAAGGGGCGGUACUUGUCUCUUGGAGGUAGAAUCACUCUUAUUAAUUCAGUGCUGUCUAGUCUCCCUGAGGGAGAGUCUAGAUUUAACUGGGUAAGAGAUGGCAAUAGCAGGGGGUCAAUAUGGUGGAAGGAUAUAUGCGGGCUUAAUGUUAUUGAUGAGGAGAAUAGGGGAUGGCUAAAAGAAGGAUUGAAACUGAAUGUGGGUGAAGGAGUAGAUGUAAAAUUCUGGGGGGACAACUGGAAGGAGGGGGAGAGUUUUGCUAACAAAUACCUGAGGCUUUAUUCAUUGUCAACAGGAAGAAAUAAUCAAAUUUCACAAAUGGGGAAUUGGAUCAAUGGAGCUUGGAAGUGGAACUUACAGUGGAGGAGGUGCUUGCAUAGCUGGGAGAAGCAACAGGAGGAAGAGCUGCAAAGGGAGAUCCAAGAAAUUAAAAUCACAAGAGGAAAACUAGACUUGAGGGAGUGGGUCCACAACAACGAGGGGAGAUACACAACGAGGACAGCUUACCAAAUUCUGACAAAGGAGAAUAGUUCAAAUAAGCAAGGAGUAGUGCUUCACAAAGCCUGGAAUGUGUUUAUCCCCAGCAAGAUAGCGGCUUUCUCAUGGCAAGUGUUGCAAGAUAAAAUACCAACAAAACUCAAUCUGUUAAAAAGGGGGAUCAUACGAGAUAUGGGAGAAUGCAAAUGUGUCUUUUGUGGAGUUGCAUUGGAGGAUACCAGCCAUUUGUUCAUCCAUUGCAAAGUAGCUUAUAGCAUAUGGAAUGCAUGUUUUAAAUGGUGGGGAGUAAAAACUGCACUGGAUAGGGACUGCGGGGGAGGAGGUUUUUUCUCAUUGGCGAACUGGUUCCACAACCCGGCUGGUUGCUUGGAGAUGAGCUAUGGCAACAGAAAAAGAGCAUUAACAGUGAAAAAUGAAGAAAUUGAAAAAAGAGACAGAAACCCGUCACGGAUGUGGUGUCGACACCAAAUUUCAACACAUAAUUUUGGUAUCGACACCAUAUGGCAUCAAGAUUCCGACACGGACGUGGUGUUGACACACAAUUUUGGUGUCGACACCACACAGAAGGGCUAAUUGACUCAUGUAAUUUAUACCUUUCAAGUUGAGAUGUUAAUGGGUUUGGGAUACCCCUUGUACUUUGUUUUUUUUUUUUUUAAUAAUAAAUAUUACUUUUGCCG